GGGCAGUGCAGCCAAUCGGGAGCGAGGGCGCGCACCCGGUUGGGUCCCGGGGUGGUCCCGGUUCGAUCCCAGUGCCAUCCCGGUUCGAUCCCGUUUUGAUCCUGGUUCUGAACCCCGCCGGGUCCCGCUCGCCGAAUGGAGCCGGCCGAGGUGGAGUUUCUGGCCGAGAAGGAACUGGUGACGAUCGUGCCCAACUUCAGCCUGGACCGGAUUCACCUCAUCGGGGGAGAUCUGGGUCCUUUCAAUCCUGGUUUGCCAGUAGAAGUGCCUGUCUGGUUGGCCAUUAAUCUGAAGCAGAGGCAGAAGUGUCGGCUGAUUCCUCCAGAAUGGAUGGAUGUUGGAAAACUGGAGGAAAUCCGGGACCAGGAACGGAAGGAGGACACAUUCACUCCAAUGCCCAGUCCCUAUUACAUGGAACUCACCAAGCUGCUGUUGAACUAUGCCUCAGACAACAUUCCCAAAGCCGACGAGAUCCGGACGCUGGUGAAGGAUACGUGGGAUACCAGGAUGGCCAAGCUGCGGCUGUCCGCGGACAGCUUCGUGCGGCAGCAGGAGGCUCACGCCAAGCUGGAUAACUUAACCUUGAUGGAGAUCAACACGACUGGGACUUUCCUCACUCAAGCCUUGGAUCACAUGUACAAGCUCCGGACUAACCUCCAGCCUGGCGAGAGUGCCCACUCCCAGGAUUUCUGAGCGGGAACUGGAAGGGAGCAGGGCUCUGUUCCUCACCCCUGGGCCUUCAUCUGGCCAGUCCCCACCUCCCUGCACAGACCUCCCGACGCCUCCCGACCCUCAUCCUCCCUCGGCAGCAGCUGCACGGCCUCACAGCCGGGUGGGAAUUGCUCCGAUGGCACCGGAGCGUCCCUGGGAGCCGCUCUGGGGCUCGGUGCGGGAGGUGCCUUGCUGGGCUCUAAUGAGGCUGGGCGGGAUCUCUCCUGUGGUUGUACUUCAGCGAGGGAACUUCUGAGGGCAGCACAGGCCACACACUGCCUUGAAAGCCAUAAAUUUCGAGGCGGUGCUUCGCCAUGGAUUUUCUCAGAGCCUUGGGAAAAAAAAAAAAAAAGGGGAAGAUGUGCCGGCAAUGAGGUGUCUGCUGGGGAGAUCAGCUGGGAAGCAGAUCCAUCUGCUCUUUGGAGGACAAAGGAAAUGGCUUUCCCUCUCCAAAGCCAGGCUAUUGGGAAAUAUACAUCUGACUGGGGUUUUUUUAAAAUAUUUUGCCUUUUUAAUCUGCAACUGUGUAUAAAAAAAAUAAUAAAAAUAAUAAUAAAAAAUAA